AUGAGCAUCUCCGUCCCGGAGGGGCUGACGGAGCUGCUGCAAGGCUUCACCGUGGAGGUGCUGCGGAGCCAGCCGGGGGACCUGCUGGAAUUCGCCCUCCAGUACUUCGGGCGCCUCAAGGCGGACGCGGCGGCGGCUGUUGCUGCGGCCGGACAAGGGGUGGGUGAAGGAGCCGAAGAAGGAGAAGAGCCGGGCGAGGAGGGAAGCCGCGGAGGCGGCCCCCGUCGCGGGCCUUUCAAUGCUCCGUCGCCCGGCCCCGGGAGGGGCAGUCGCCUGCAGCUCAGCAGGGCCCUUUCCGAGAGCAGAGGGGUCAACUUCGCCGAAGAGCCCAUGCAGACCGAUUCCGAGAGCGGCGAAGGGGACGACGACGAGGAGGCGGAAGAAUUCACGGCUCCAGUGAUAAACCGGUUCACUAGACGGGCAUCAGUGUGUGCAGAAGCUUAUAAUCCUGAUGAAGAAGAGGAUGACACUGAAUCAAGGGUUAUUUACCCCAAAACAGAUGAUCAAAGAAACAGACUACAAGAAGCUUGCAAAGAUAUUCUUCUGUUUAAAAACCUAGAUCCGGAACAGAUGUCUCAGGUACUAGAUGCCAUGUUUGAAAAGCUGGUUGAAGGAGGGGAGCAUGUCAUCGAUCAAGGUGAUGAUGGUGACAACUUCUACGUAAUUGAUCAAGGGACCUAUGAUAUCUAUGUCAAAUGUGAUGGUGUUGGAAGGUGUGUUGGAGCCUAUGACAACCGUGGGAGCUUUGGUGAAUUGGCUUUAAUGUACAAUACACCCAGAGCAGCUACAAUUAUUGCUACCUCUCCUGGUUCUGUGUGGGGUUUGGACAGACUAACAUUUCGAAGAAUCAUUGUAAAAAAUAAUGCCAAAAAGAGAAGAAUGUAUGAAAAUUUUAUUGAGUCAUUGCCCUUCCUUAAGUCUUUAGAACUUUCUGAACGGUUGAAAGUGGUGGAUGUGAUAGGCACGAAAAUAUACAAAGAAGGAGAACAAAUCAUUGCUCAGGGAGACAUGGCUGACUGUUUCUUCAUUGUUGAAUCUGGAGAAGUGAAAAUUACAAUGAAAAGAAAGGAUAAACAGGAUCUUGAUGAAAAUGAAGCAGUUGAAAUUGCCCGGUACACAAGAGGGCAGUAUUUUGGUGAACUUGCUCUUGUGACUAACAAACCUCGAGCCGCCUCGGCGUUUGCUCUCGGCACAGUCAAGUGCUUAGUUAUGGAUGUACAGGCGUUUGAAAGGCUUUUGGGACCUUGUAUGGAAAUUAUGAAAAGGAACAUUGCGAACUAUGAAGAACAGCUAGUUGCUUUGUUUGGAACAAACAUGGACAUUUCUGAUCCCAGUGCAUGAAGUAAAGUAUGAAAC